UAUUACCAGGCUAUGCGCCUUGUUGAUGAGGACUUCCUUCGAGGUUUGGGACGUGUGGCCGAGACGCGACACCACUUAGCUUAAGCGUUGCCUUGCCACGGUUCGGGAUACCGCGAUCUCAGCCCAACGAUCAAACUUUUCCACCAAACCAACCACAUUUUCUUUUAGAUCCGCAUAUAUCAUAGGGGGACAAUUGUUAUGAAUGAAGAGCACUAGAUCAUAGCACGGCUAGGACAUUGCACGAUCUCCUUCAGACAAGGAAGGGUUUUCCGACAAUGAGCAAAUAUGGACAAUGAAGUAUCCAGUCUUGAGAAAAGAGCUAUGACCAACAUGGACGAGACGCACGUUCCCGAGGCUCGGGUUCUGAUCAUCAUGACCGGCGGAACAAUCUGUAUGCAAAAGUCUGCAGAUGGACUGAUUCCAGCGCGAAAUUUCCUAGAGCGAUGCAUGGCUCCUCGUCCCGAGUUCAACGACGGCAAGACCCAUGAGCCGAUCGAAGUAGCGUUACACGAUGGACCCGACGGUGUGGCCUUGUCGCAAAGUUUAGAAACGCCUACGAGUGUCUACGGGAAACGCGUUAGGUAUGCGGUCUUGGAAUUUGAAGAGCUUCUUGAUUCCUCUUCCAUCGACAGCCGGGGAUGGUCUCAAAUUGCCCAAACCAUUUAUCGCAACUAUAAACUGUUCGAUGGGUUUGUCGUGCUUCACGGCACGGACAGCUUAGCCUACACCUGUUCAGCUUUGAGCUUCAUGCUGCAGCACUUGGGCAAGCCCGUCAUACUCACUGGAUCCCAAGUCCCCUUUGCCGAACGCAAGAACGAUGCCCUGGAUAAUCUGCUGGACGCCCUUGACGUGGCAGCUCAUUUCAUGAUUCCCGAAGUAUGCCUGUGUUUCAACUCGACCUUGUUCCGCGGCAACCGAACGACGAAGAUAUCGGCCAGCUCGUUCGACGCCUUUGCCUCGCCCAACCUCCCCCCACUAGCUAGAAUUACCGCCGUCGACACCGCUGUGUCAUGGAACAUGGUGACCAGGCCGACUUCACUCCAAGCAUUCAGCAUCCAGACGGACCUCGAGAUUCAUCACGUGGCCUGUUUGCGCAUUUUUCCCGGCAUCACCGCGAAAAUGGUAGAUGCUGUACUUCGUACUGAAAACCUCCGUGGUCUAGUCCUUGAGACGUUUGGCACUGGCAAUGCCCCGAGUGGCCACGAUAACAGACUCUUGCGAGUCAUUGCAGACGCUGUCGAGCGAGGUGUUGUCAUCGUCAACAUCACCCAGUGCUUGACUGGAAGCGUCAGCCCACUUUAUGCACCAGGAAUGGUCCUCGGGCGUGUCGGCGUGGUGGCGGGAGGUGACAUGACCAGUGAAGCCGCAUUGACAAAGCUGUCAUAUCUUCUAGCUUUGCCAGGUGCAACACCCGAAUCAGUGGCCAGAGACAUGGCGACUUCCAUUCGCGGCGAGCUGACUGAGAGUUCACGAACGAUCUUCAGUCAUCCAACGGGCGAGUUAUCGUCGCCGGUUACCCAACUGACGGCUAUUGCUUACGCCGUUGCCAGCGGGGAUAUCGACAAGGUUAAGGAUGUGCUUCGGAGCGAUAGUCAGCUCAUGAAUCGUCCCGACUACACUGGAAACACGCCUGUACAUCUGGCGGCAACUGGUCCGAGCCUUGCCAUCCUCCGGUAUCUGUUAGGAAUGGGUGCGUCAGUGCAUAUCCGCAACAACACCAGCAGAACGCCACUUUUUCUGGCAGCCAAUGCUGGCUUGGUACCCCAUGUGAUGCUCCUCCGGCAGGCGGGCGGACAUCUCCACCAGGAAGAGCUCCCUACGGCUAGACUGCAUGCGAGCCAGAGACCAGAAGUGUGGAAGGUCGCCGGCCUCGGAAUCACCCAGCGGUCAGAAGACAAGUGACGUGGAUGUCUCAAAUUGGAAGCUGGACAGGCGAGGGACCCAGGAUACCUCGACGGGAUACCAGACAUUUCAGCACAUGGGCUUCAGCAUACAGGCUCAGAUGUGGGCAUCGACACCAAACUACCACGCACCGCCGCCAGGAAUACCAUUGGCCGACGUUAUUGCAUCAAGCAAUAAAUUCCUUGCAGUUGUGCCUCGUGGCUUCGGCAGCGGAAUGUGGUGGUGGAGGUGAGGACCUUGAGCAAUCCAAUGGUCUGAAUCGCCUUCACCACGCGGCCUAUGAUACCACUGAAACCACAAUGUCUAUGGGGCCGCGGAGGUGCCCGUACAGAGAUCGGCCCUGCCUGGAUUGGACGCCUGUGGUGUUGGAUGCGUACCCUUUGCGCGCGGUGCGCGCCCUUGGUCCUCGAAUUACUUGUAUCACUCUACAUGACACUGAGACUACUGGACCCUUGCACCCAACCUUGUGUGAUCUAUCCCGCCACGGCCGCCCG